CAUCGCUCCUUCUCCAUCACAGAUGCGUGGGAGGCGUCUGUCAAACCUGUGGAGCGUCUGUCUGUCUGUGUUUCUGUCUGUGUGUGUGUGUCUCCCUCUGUCUGUGCAAGCGUGUGUUUAGAGGACAUCACACACACACUCACUCUGUAGUAGUUAGGAGACAAUAAACCGGUUGUGCAGCUCUUCAGGGUGAGAAUCUCCGCUGUCAUCCCGGCGCACUCUCAGUCAGUGGGCUCAGAGGAAGUUGAAGCAAACAGCCAUGGACGUGUUCAUGAAGGGGAUAUCCAAAGCCAAGGAUGGGGUCGUGGCGGCGGCGGGGAAGACCAAGCAGGGAGUGACCGGAGCGGCUGAGAUGACGAAAGACGGGGUCAUGUUCGUCGGUACCAAAACAAAGGAUGGCGUCACAACAGUCGCAGGUAAAACUGUGUCCGGGGUGUCUCAUAUGGGUGGAGCUGUGGUUACGGGGGUUACGGCUGUGGCCCAGAUAACUGUGGAGGGGGCAGGCAACAUUGUCGCUGCCACAGGAUUGAUCAAGAAGGACCCGGCCAAACAGAGCGAUGACCCCUCAGCAGCACAGAACGUGGCAGAGUCACCAGUUGAUACCAACCCUGCUGUUGUUGCAGAGGUAAGAUGGUGGUCUCAAGCUGCAGGAACAGUUGAUAGACUGAGCCGAUGGUGA